AUCCCCCCGUCGUCAACAACUGGAUCCGAGCUGUUUUCGACACCUAGCUUUGCUAGCGUAUUAGCCUUCGAUCACCUACUGCACUCCACCGAUCCAUCGAUCCGGGAAUUUAAACACCGCCUACAACCCAUCUCGAAUCAACCCAUCUCCGUUUUGUCACGCAUUGCGGUCCACUAAAUGUCGACUUAAAGCAAAAGACAACUUAAAACUCAUCUUGGAUUCCGUAGCACACCUCGGCUAACGACGUAGUCGGGGUUAGCUGACUGACAGCUGGCUAGCUCCCGACUCCCUGCUCGAUGUGGCCGCAGAGGAAAACCAAUUCGAUUACGGUUGCUAAAAAAAAUGAUUCUGUUUCGACCUUGAGCCAAACGGAGCACAUUUGGGUGUCCUGAGACCACGGUCUUUACUCGGCAAGGAGGCACCUGGCCGACCGUACCCCAUCACAUUACUGGGAGCUGCACCCUCAACGCUAAUCAACCGAUGUCCCCUCGUCUUGACCUUACCACGCUGCCGAUAUGAUGCCAAUGAUCCUGACGGUGUACCUCAGCGACGGCGAGCAGUCCGUGACUGAGGUCCCCAUCACGCCCGAGACCACGUGCCGCGAUGUGGUGGAGUUCUGCAAGGAGCCGGGAGAGAGCGGCUGCCACCUGGCCGAGGUCUGGAGAGGCAACGAGCGAGCCAUCCCCUUCGAACACAUGAUGUACGAGCACCUGCAGAAGUGGGGCCCCCGAAAGCAGGAGGUCAAGUUCUUCCUCCGCCACGAAGACUCGCCCGCGGAGAGCAGCGACCCAGGGAGUCAGCAGUCUCAGGACCAGAGCAGUCGUAGGAGUGGCAGCAGCAGUGGAGAGAAGCACAACGAGAACGGGGUGGGGAGCCAGCGCGUGGAGCUCACCCUGUCCGAGCUGCAGGAGAUGGCGUCCCGGCAACAGCAGCAGAUCGAGGCCCAGCAGCAGAUGCUUGUCGCCAAGGAGCAGCGGCUGCGCUACCUGAAGCAGCAGGAGUCGCGGCAGCAGCAGACGGCGUCGGAGGGCGAGAAGCUGCAGAGGCUGAAGGAGCGCGUGGAGAACCAGGAGGCCAAGCUGAAGAAGAUCCGCGCCAUGCGGGGCCAGGUGGACUACAGCAAGGUCAUCAACGGAAACCUGUCGGCGGAGAUCGAGCAGGUGAGCAGCCUGUUCCAGGAGAAGCAGUCGGAGCUGCAGACAGCCGUGCUGCGGGUGGAGCAGCUCAGCCUGCAGCUGGAGGAGCUGCGGCGGGGCAAGCUCAACGGCCUGCAGGCCCCGCUGGGGGGCCCCGUCACGGGCACCGCCGCCCUGGAGCUCCGCAAGCUCUACCAGGAGCUCCAGAUCCGCAACAAGCUCAACCAGGAGCAGAACAGCAAGCUGCAGCAGCAGAAGGAGCUGCUCAACAAGCGCAACAUCGAGGUGUCGCUGAUGGACAAGCGCAUCAGCGAGCUGCGGCAGCGCCUCCACAAGAAAAAAGCUGAGGCACGUCAAAAAGAGAUCGUCCCUCUGAACAAGGCCAACGGGCCCCCCUCCCCCCAGCCGGGCACCCUGGGUCGAGUGGCCGCCGUGGGGCCCUACAUACAGGUGCCCGUUCCGGGGCAACAGCAGGGGGGCUACAACAUGCCUCCGGACCCCCUGAAGCCCCAGACGCUGGGCAUCAACACUCAGCCCCCCCACGGCCGCAGCAGCAAGUCGGCGGUGGACACCGGCUGGCCCAGCAAGGGCCCCUCGACCCUGAAGCCCCCCGACCGGAGGGACUCCGGGUCGGACGUCCAGGGCAAGAGCCCCACCACAGGCUCGCCCGGCGGAGACAAGGUGCUGGACUCUAAAGUCUCCUCCCCCGCCUCCUCCAAACCCCUGCCCCCCCCCUACGGCUCCCACCACACCACCACCUCCCCGCCCUCCGCCCCCACCCUGGAGCGCCGCAAGGACGUCCCGCCGCCGCGGCCCAACCCCAACCUGCCGGCCCCGGCCUGGCCCCGGGGGCCCCCCGGCAGCGGCUCCUCGUCCUCGGCCACCACCGCCUCCUCGUCCUCGUCCUCGCAGCAGAUCCAGCAGCGCAUCUCGGUGCCGCCCAGCCCCACCUUCCAGCAGCCCCUCUCCCCGCUGUACCCCCUGGGGCCGGGCGACCGGCUGGAGGCCCCCCAGGCCAUGGCCGUGCGGCCCUUCCUGCCCGGCGAGCGGGGCUCCUCGCGGCCGCAGUCGCCCCGCAAGGGCCCGGCCACCAUGAACUCCAGCUCCAUCUACCACAUGUACCUCCAGCAGGCGGCGCCCAAGGGCCAGCCCCCCAAGCCGGCGCUCAAAGCAGUGUACGGUAAGCCGGUGCUGUCGUCCUCCAGCUCCACCCCGCCCUCCCCGCUGCCCUUCACGGCGGCGGGCGGGGCCUUCCCCGCGCUGCAGCUGCUCCACCACGGCGACGACGGGCUGGACCCCGGCCUGGACGAGCUGGACGGCUUCCGGCCCCUGGACGGCACCUCGGCCCCCCCGCCCAGCGUGGACCACAUCCCGCGGCCCCUGAGCCCCACCAAGCUCACGCCCAUGGUGCACUCGCCGCUGCGCUACCAGAGCGACGCCGACCUGGAGGGGCUCCGCAAGAAGCUGGCCAACGCCCCGCGGCCCCUCAAGAAGCGCAGCUCCAUCACGGAGCCCGAGGGCCCCUCGGGGCCCAACAUCCAGAAGCUGCUGUACCAGAGGUUCAACACGCUGGCCGGCGGCAUCGAGGGCGGCGUGGGCGGCGGGGUCGGGGCCGGUGGCAGCCCGGGCAACGGGACGCCGUUCUACCAGCCGGCCCCGGGCCCCCGGGGGCCCGACUCGGACAACGGCAACGCCCCGUGCGACACGGAGCCGCCGCCGCCGCCGGGCGUCGCCGGGGGAGAGGGGGCGGGGUCCGAGUCCCCGCCCCUGGCGGCGGACGCCAACGACAACCGAGGGAGGAUGCUGGAGUCGCCGGCCACGGUGAGGGAGGAGCCGGACGAGGAGGAGGAGGAGGAGGAGGAGGAGGAAGAGGAGGAGGAGGAAGACAACAACAACAACACCCUGGGGGGGGGCGAGCCCCUACUGCCCAGCCCCGUGCCCGAGGUCAGCUCGCCGGAGGAGUGCGCCGCCGCCGCCGCCGCCUCACAGGCGCUGCUGGAGAAGCGUACGAACCUGAAGAAGCCCAACUCGGAGCGCACGGGCCACGGCCUGCGAGUCAAGUUCAACCCCCUGGCCCUCCUACUGGACGCCUCGCUGGAGGGCGAGUUUGACCUGGUCCAGCGAAUCAUCUAUGAGGUGGAGAACCCGAGCACGGCCAACGACGAGGGCAUCACCCCGCUCCACAACGCCGUCUGCGCCGGCCACCACCACAUCGUCAAGUUCCUGCUGGACUUCGGCGUCAACGUCAACGCCUCGGACAGUGACGGCUGGACGCCGCUGCACUGCGCCGCCUCCUGUAACAGCGUUCACCUCUGCAAGCUGCUGGUGGAGUCGGGCGCCGCCAUCUUCGCCAGCACCAUCAGCGACGUGGAGACGGCUGCCGACAAGUGUGAGGAGAUGGAGGAGGGCUACAUCCAGUGCUCCCAGUUCCUCUACGGCGUGCAGGAGAAGCUGGGCGUGAUGAACAAGGGCACGGUGUACGCCCUGUGGCAGUACGAGGCGCAGGGGUCCGACGAGCUCAGCAUCACCGAGGGCGACGCCAUCACCGUGCUGCGUCGUCACGACGACGCCGAGACGGACUGGUGGUGGGCGCGGCUCGACGACGGCGAGGGAUACAUCCCCCGCAACCUCCUGGGGCUGUACCCCAGGAUCAAGCCCCGGCAGCGGUCGCUGGCGUAGCCCCCGCGUCCCCCCUCCAGUGAGCCUACGAACAAACAGACGCCACGCAAGAGAAGCGAGCAGCAAACAACGAACAAACCCCCCCCAGAGCCACGAACAAGCGAGCCCGGCGCUCGAUCUCCCUCCCUCUCUCUCUCUCUCUCUCUUUGUUUCUCUCUUUCUCUCUCAUGCUCUCUCGCCCUCUCCGUGUGGCCUCGCCCUGUCCUAAACGCUUACGUUUUUUUUGUCCUUUGCAAACCUCCGCUUGACAGGACAAAGGGGCGGGCGCUUGACACAAACUCUCGACACGUGUUGAUUGACAGCCAGGCACAUGAGCAUGCCGGCGUGUGGCCCUCAGACUCACGCCAAGUCUCACACACGCACGCAAACUCUCACACUCGCACUUCGAACCCCAGGCGCUCCAAAUGUGAACGUCCUUCCCUAACCACUCCUCCUUUUAACCACUCCUCGCUGGACCGCCGACUUAUGUGUGUGUGUGUGUGUGUGCGCGUGUGUGUCCCAGCGUUGGUUGAUUAUUUAAUUUUUUACCCUAACUCGCCGUUAAUUCUGUAUCUGACGUCCCGUUGAAGAAUAAAACACUAACCUGUGUCACGGUGUCUCUGGCUUAGUGCUCACCCGUCUACGGACCCCCCCUCCCACCCACCUUACCCUACCCUCCCGCCUGCUGAUUGGUCACGUCAGGUGUACAUCACUGUGCUACGCUGUGAGUGGGGGGGGAGGAAGAGGAGGGCGGGUCAGAAGACAUUUCACAGGAUGGGAGAGAUUUGCUUUGAUGUUGAGGAGGCGAGUGGGAUCAUUUUACUGGACUUCUGAACUGGUGUGUUUGGUCUUGCUGGGAAGGAACUUCUCACGGUCUCUGCUGUGUCACUGCGCACGUGUGCUGUUUCUCCAAGCCACCGGAAGGCGAGUUAGCUUUGAAUUUUUAUUUGAAAUGGCCAAUUCGAUUUUAUGGAAUGAUGAAGCGAGCGCGUUCUGUUAAUUAAAGCUGAAGUAUGAAAGGACACGGCACGUUGACUUUAAUGACAAGCCCUCGUUAUAGUAUUGUUCAAAGUAGUCCCCCCUUCCCCCAGCCGAGGAAAUGAAAACCCUUUAAUCUAUGUACAAACCAAAAUGAAAACCUGCUUGGUCCAGUCUGGCCUGAAAACAAGUAAUUAUAGGAUUUAACAUUUCAUGAUGAACUCACCAAAUCCCGUUAAUCCCAUUUCAUGACCGCAGUUGCAAAACUCGAUGCUCGCUUCUGUUUCCAUCGGGUCAACCCGCUGCCAUCGCGUUAGACACGAUGUCUCACAGCGGGUAAGGACUUCGGAUGAAUCGAACCACCAAUGAAUUUGAGCGGCGGUUUCGCACUCUGGGACGCAUGAAUCACAGUGUCUGGGUUUUUUGAAAACUGUAUUUUUAAAUCGAGUCCAUGGGCUCCUGUAUUGCAUUGCCCCCAUGCUAUUGGAUGACGUUCAUAUUUGUAACGACCAAAGGUAAAAGCCAAACGGAUUAAAAAGUGUCUUGAUCUAACGAGGAGUGUACACAAAUGCGUUACAAUGUUUGGUUUACUGAUUAUUAUUAUUUUAUGCAGUCUGUAUAUGCCCUAAUCUGUUUUAAUGUUUAGUUCAAUGAAUCUGUUGUGCAUUUAAAACCACUUUCAGUAUCCCAGUGUCCCGCAACUCUGGGGCCCUAACACAUGCUUUUAUUUUGGACGAAAUGCUUUUAUUCGAAGACGAAGGCAAGCACACAGGUAGCAGCAUUUUUAUUUAAUGAUUUUAAUGAAGGAGGCUGAAAACAUCAGGAUCCUAACUAUGUACCUCAGACACGGCACUGACUAAUUCUAAACAUUUCCUUUAAUUCACAGAAUACACACACACACACACACACACACACACACACACACACACACACACACACACACACACACACACACACACACACACACACACACACACACACACACACAGUUUUCCCAAUGACUUAACAAUUAUUUUGUCUCCCCCUGAAGUUGUACAAUCCUGUGAAUAUCUCCCACCUCCACACUCCAAAACCGAUAUACCCCCCUUGCCCAAACCCUGAACCCGGAUGGAGAGUCACGCCUGCAGAAUGAAGUGGCCCCAGCUUUACUUUGACCUUUAACCUGUACAUGGGUGUGUGUGGACGAUAAAGAUGAUGAAAAAGAAACGUUUUUUGCCGUACGGACACAUGGAACACUGUACAACACUCGGUUCUGUAAAUGUUGAAUAAAAUAAAAUAAAAAACCUGGAGCUCUUGGCAUGAUGAGA